ACAUGCACAAAACAAGAAGGAUAUGCUGAGUUUGAACAAAGCUAGACCAGCAUCGACCCUGUUACCUGGCUAACUCUAAGGUGUCUAAUUAAAGAACUGAAAAAACUGAAACGCAUUGCACAUGAUAAAUUUCUUUUUCCAAUUAUUCCGAAGCAAUCGACAUCACCUAAUGCGCACCAAACAACAGUGCUCACACAUUUCCCACCUAUCAAUGUACCCAAGCAAGAACUAAGUGAAAUGCAUGGUGCAUGAUAUGGAUUUUAUAGCCCAAGUCAUCAGUCGGUCCAAUAUAAAUUGCCAGUAACCAAAUGAGAGAGAGAGAGAGAGAGAGAGAGAGAGAGAGAGAGAUGCCAGAGUAUUGUGUAACAGGUGGAACAGGGUUCAUAGCGGCUUACCUAGUGAAAUCACUGUUGGAAAAGGGUCACACUGUCCGCACAACCGUGCGAGAUCCAGGAGAUGUGGAAAAGGUAGGUUUCCUUUGGGAGCUGAGUGGAGCCAAGGAGAGACUAAAGAUUUUCAAAGCUGAUCUGAUGGAUGAAGGAAGCUUUGACCAAGCCAUAAAGGGGGUCGACGGGGUCUUCCAUACUGCAUCUCCAGUUCUCGUUCCAUAUGACCAAAACAUUCAGGCAAAGUUUUCUUGGAACCUGUUGGCUACCCUGAUAGAUCCAUGUAUAAAAGGCACUCUGAAUGUCUUGAGCUCCUGCACAAGAGCAAGGAAUGUGAGGCGCGUUGUGCUGACCUCUUCCUGCUCGUCAGUAAGAUACCGCGAUGAUGCUCGACGAGUUUCUCCUCUAAAUGAAACUCACUGGAGUGAUCUGGAGUACUGCGAACGCAACAAUCUGUGGUAUGCAUAUGCAAAAACUGUCGCAGAGAAAGAGGCAUGGAGAGUAGCAGAGGAAAGUGGAGUCGACCUGGUGGUGGUGAACCCCUCUUUCGUAGUCGGUCCCUUGCUUGCACCAAAACCAACCAGUACACUCCAAUGGAUAUUGGCCAUUGUCAAAGGUCUGAUAGGAGAAUACCCAAAUACAACAGUUGGGUUUGUGCAUAUAGAUGAUGUCAUCGCUGCUCAUCUGCUAGCAAUGGAGAAAAGCGAAGCAUCAGGCAGGCUCAUAUGUUCCAGCUCAGUAGCUCAUUGGUCAGAUAUCAUCGAGAUGCUGAGGGCCAAAUAUCCAUCCUACCCGUUUGAAGACAAGUGUAGCAGCCAAAAUGGAAAUAACAACCCUCACAGCAUGGACAGCGGAAAGAUUAUUCAAUUGGGGCUCCCUCCUUUGAAGACACUCGAUCAAAUGUUUGGUGACUGCAUCAAAAGUUUCCAAGAUAAGGGAUUUCUGUGAGGUCCUAAUAUUUUCUACAAGCUUCUUCAGCUAGCUGCCACCAUUUUUUUUCAAGGACUUGAUCAUUUCACCCAAAUUAAUAGAAAAUUAUUCAAAAGAAAUAUGACACUUCCAAAAGAAUGGUGAAAAUGCAAACAAAAAAAAAUCUCAUUUUGAUUGUUGCAUCAAUAAACUGGAAUAGUGUUGUACUACGUAGCAUGGAUAUGGACAUGAACACGGCCGGAGACACAGAAACCGACACAGCAAUUCUCAAAAAAUUGGGCGCACGGACACAGCGGAAGA